UUCACAAAGACAUUUUGUAAAUAUUAUAAAUUUUUGUACGUCAAAAAAAAAAUACUGUUAAUAAGAUUAAAUUUUUUCUAUUCGAAAAUUGUAUAGCACUGAAAAAAUAUGAAAACAUCGCCAAGACACAGAGUGGAACCAGAAAUAUCUGAGGAGAUGGAGGUUGCAACAAUGACCAAAACUAAUUUAAAAGGGGAUUGGAUAAACUUUUUUUUGUUACUAUUACUGUACACAAUGCAAGGCUUGCCGUUAGGCAUAGCCUCGUCUAUAUCGGUACUAUUGCAAAGCAAGAAAAAUGUGACGUAUAAAGAUCAGGCAUUAUACAGUAUAUCAAAAUGGCCAUUUAGCUUGAAACUCUUAUGGGCACCGUUGGUAGACGCACUCUAUGUACAAAAAUUUGGAAGGCGAAAGUCUUGGCUAAUACCCGUUCAAUAUUUAAUCGGAGCGAUUUUAAUUUAUACGGCCAGUGAUAUUGAUAACUUGCUACCCGAAACUGGAAAACCAGACAUCAUGAUGCUGGCGUACAUUUUCUUCAUGAUAAACUUUUUAGCCGCCACCCAGGAUAUAGCAGUGGAUGGUUGGGCUCUUACAAUGCUGAAAAAGAAUAACGUAGGCUAUGCGUCCACUUGCAAUGCAUCGGGACAAACAUUAGGCUCUCUGGUAGGUUCCAUGGUACUCAUUCUGUUUACAUCUGAAGAGUUUUGUAAUAAAUAUUUACGAAGUGCACCUGACGUGGGAGGUAUAGUUUCUGUGAAAAACUUAUUAUACAGCUGGGGCAUAAUAUUUAUAUUGCUCACAACUUUAAUUGGCAUAUUCAAAAAAGAAAAAGAUAAUACAUUUGAAGAAGAUGAUCAUGAAAAAAUCAAAGUGGUUCAAAACUAUUUACUAUUAUGGGACAUUUUAAAGUUACCUAGUAUUCGAAUACUGGCGAUAAUAUUGAUAACUUCAAAGAUUGGAUAUGCUGCAACUGGCAAUGUGUCUAUCUUAAAACUUAUUGACGCAGGUGUAUCAAAAGAAGACAUAUCGAUAAUAGAUUCAGUGAUGUCUGGAGUAAACUUUAUUCUACCAUUCAUUAUAGGAAAAUACACGUCAGGUCCAAAACCGAUGAGCGUAUACUUAAAAAUUGUACCCAUCAGAUUGCUUUUGAACGUUGGCUUUGUUAUGCAAAUUUAUUAUACGCCCAAAUUGUUAACACUUGAUGGAGUAAAUACCUCAAUAUAUUACUAUCCACUUCUCGUAUGUCUAUUAUCAAUAGAACAAAUUUUAUCUCACACAAUGUUUGUAGCUGUAUUAGCUUUUUUUUCUCGGAUAAGUGAUCCUCGUUUUGGUUGUACUUACAUGACGUUAUUGAAUACUCUUGCAAAUUUAGGAUUUAUGUGGACGUCUACUGUUGCGCUUGGAAUGAUUGAUGUGUUGACGUUUGAAGAAUGUUCAUUGGAUUCUAAAAAUAAUUGUUCUACACUAGAACUUCAAGAUAUGUGUAAAGCAGAGAAAGGUGAUUGUAUUAUAACAGUGAAUGGCUAUUACAUAGAAAUGCUUUUAUGCACCAUCAUUGGAAUAAUUUGGUAUAUUGCUGUUAGAAAUACACUCAAAAUAUUUCAAACUAAGAAGCCUUCUCAUUGGAUGGUUAAACUGAAGAAAACAGUGGCGGGGAAUGUUGGCGGUGCCAGAAUUUUAGUACCAGCUGGUGGGUCAGGGUGAGCCCAACAUUCUUUAAGGGAGGCAAAUAUAUUUACUUGAUAUAUAUACAAACAAUAUUAGCGACUGGUACUUGUGCAAGGGGGAGGGGGUGUCCCAUAUUGCCUCAUUUUUUAGAUUCUGAGCGGAGCGAAGAAGCUAGUGGUUGUACAAUGAUGUUUAUUUUUUUUUUUAUCCUGUAUACAAAAUUUUUACAAGAAGGAAUUAUUAUUUAUUAUAUAUAAUCAUAUGUAAUCAUAUAAUAUGUAAUUACUAUAUGCUAUCCUUCCUGUAAGUUUAGUUAAUAUAAUAUUAUUAUUUUUUAUUCGUUUCUAUGGUGAUAAAUAUAGCGUUAGAAAUUAAAAUCCUCUUUUUAGCGGUUUUUCGUAAUUUGUUGGUGGUUUUUUCCGUGGCAUUAAAUAACUAUAGAGAAAAUCGAAAAAUUACCUCUCUCUAAAGUACUAUCGUGAUCCAAUUUGUUAAAAUAUAAGGUACUAUAUGUUGAAAUCGAAGCACUUACCUUCUGGAAGAAAUUUUGUAUACAGAAUCUAAAAUAAACACCAUUGUAAAACCACUAGCUAGCUUCCUCGCUCCGCUCAGAAUCUAAAAUCCGGACUGACAAACCAUCUCCGCUCAGAAUCGUUUUUCUUAUACAAUGAUAUUAUAUCAUUGAAUUCAAGUUUAAUACAAUCCAUUAUACAUUGACCCACUUGUAACCUACUGUAAAGUAGGGCGACAUCCACUUACCCUCUUUUUUUUUAUACUUUGUCGGAUAAACUUACUAAAACAAUGAUUUGUAAACAUGUAUUAAUAUAAUUUAUUUUUUUAAUAAAACAUCUAUUAAUGUAAACACUUUUUAUGUACCUACUUAAAUAUAAAGCUAUUUACUUAUAAUUGAUGGCAUCUUAUACAUUUCUUUUUUCGUAAACUCCCUCGAUGAAGAAAUCCUACGCACGACCUUGAGAGGCCUCCUUCACCAAAUAAUAACCAUACCACCAGGCAUCAGUUAUAGUAUAAUUGAGUAUAGCUAUUAUAAGAUGUAACUACAAAUCUAACAACUCUCGCAAUGAGUAUUAUUUUUUUUUUUUAAAACAAUAUAAAUAAAGUAUUUAAAAGAUAAAACUAAAAACAAUUUAUGUUCAAAUUGAUCAGUUAAAAACUUUUAAUAUUAAUUA